AUGGAAGGCCAAACACAAAAUGGGACUACCCGUCCAGCAAAGGUUUCAAAAUCCUCUGGACAGACUAAAGCCCAGAAAACGGAUGAUUCAAUCAUGGGUACGAAUAACAGCAGUAUUGUUUCCAAACGCAGUGUGGAGCGUCUUUACUUUCCAAAUGAACCCCAUUUCUUUCGUUAUUUUGUCAAGAAACCCUUGCGACGAUCCCCUCUCAUCAAUCGUGGAUAUUGGCUACGCAUGAAGGCUGUAGAUCAUGUGGCAAAAAAGUUCCUGGAACAGAAUUCUGAGAAGCAAAAGGUUGUCAUCAAUCUAGGAUGUGGAUAUGAUCCUCUUCCUUGGCAAUGUAUGAGUAGAUAUCCUGCAGUUUCUCAGAAUGUGAAGUUUAUCGAUAUCGAUUAUAAAGACUUAAUGAUCAAGAAGCAAACGGUGGUUCGCAAUACACCAGAGCUCAAUUCCAUGCUCACGAACUUGAACAUUCAAGAAGGAGAUAUAUUGCUUAGUAGCGAUCAGUACUUACAACUGGGCUGUGAUUUGCGAGAUCUCAAACGGCUGGAAGAAAUCAUCUCGAGGGUUGUGGAUAUAGAAAAAUGUUCAUUCUUGUUUACAGCAGAGGUUUCAAUCACAUAUAUGCCUACUGAGUCAGCAGAUGCAUUGAUACAAUGGGCAAACAAACUUCCGGAUGCUCGUUUCUGUCUUCUAGAGCAACUACUUCCAGAGGGAACAACUCACCCAUUUGCUCAAACCAUGAUGGCACACUUUAACAAGCUUGGUACGCCUUUAGGUGCCUGCAAAAAAUACCCAACUGUGGCGGCGCAAGACACACGUUUUCGCUCUUUGGGGUGGCCAUCGGUAUUAGCACGCAAUUUAUGGGAACUUUGGGGGGCUGAAGGUUUCCUAGAUUCCAAAGAGAGGAUGUCCUUAGACAGUAUUGAACCUUUCGAUGAGUGGGAAGAGUUCGCUUUGUUCGGCUGUCACUAUAUUCUACUCGUCGCAGAUAAUACUAGUACAGAGAAUCGCUUCACCUGUAAACAAAUUUCAGAUGCCUCCGAAGCUAGCCACAGCAACAGUGCAUACUCUGAAUACCCAAAAGCUCAAGGCCAGCGAAGAUUUGCUGCCCCAAUUUCCAUAAGAAAAGAGGAUAAGGGCGAAGAUGCUAUUGGUAACUUUUCCGGCAUGGGUCUUAAUACCCGAGUAAGUAGUUGUGAUGUUUACUCUACAAACGAGCUUGGUUUAACACCAUUCGAUUAUCAAGGUUCUCAUUCUUGGCCAUCAAGUCGCAUGUGCCACACAAUUACAAAAAUUGGCGAUGAAGGAUCUCUACUAGUUGGUGGCCGAACGUCGCCAGAUAAUGCUAUAGCAGAUUGCUGGUUUUACCAUAAAUGGUUGAACAGUUGGGAAAGAGUGGAUGAUCUUCCUCGGCCGAGAUAUCGACAAUCUGCUGUCCAUCUCGGCAAUGGCUAUGUGAUGGUGACUGGUGGCAAAGGUACCUCAAGAACUCUAAUUGAUGAUGUCAUGAUCUGGAGUCGACGUCAAGGCUGGGUAAAGUGCAAUACAAACCCCCAAAAACGACCAUCUGCUUCAUUUGGUUCUUCUCUUAUUGCCUAUCCUAAAGCAUCUUCCGACCCUUUAGUGUCACGAUCUGGAGUUAUCGCUGGCGGCAUAUCCGAAGAUGGACUGGUUCAAGAAGAGGUUUGGGAAUGGGAUAUAGCGCAAUAUACAGCCGAGCAACCUUCCAUCUCAUUUAUACGCCUUGACAGUCCCAAAACUCGGGACAAUAACGGGGCGACUCUCGCUCGAUUUGGCGCACAAACAUUGAUGCAUCAAGGCAAUAUCAUCGUAGUAGGCGGUAUUGUGAAAGAUAAUCUAUUGCCAUUUUCAAAUGAAAUAUGUAGCAUGGCAACAGCCGACCCUAGACUCCAUUGCUCAAGCUUGUCAAGUAGUCUAGCACCACGAGCUCUUCUCAUUGGUACCUCUGCCGUUUCAAAUGGCGAUAAUAUUGUUAUAAUGGGCGGUUCAGCGGUAUGCUUUUCAUUUGGAACAUUUUGGAAUAAAGGCUGUUAUACGCUGACUACGGGUCUUUCUGGUGCUCCGCAAGCUAGUGACGAAGUACCGUACAUUAUUCCGUGUUCACCAUGGGAAUUUAAGCGUAUCAUUGAUGGUGCUUCUGCUCCUAAGUCUAUGCCUACCAGUCUUCCCAGCUCUGCCUUAGGAACUCAGAGCAUGGUCAAAGUACCACGGGUAAAGCUCCACUCAUCUAUAGAGUUUGAAAAAAUCCUUGAUGCUGGAAAACCUGUCAUCCUUGAAGGACUUGGCCUCGGCGUUUGCACCAAUGAAUGGACCCCUGAGUACCUCAAAGAUAAAGUCGGCGCCGAGAGAGAAGUUAUUGUGCAUGAAGCAUCAUCGGAGCAUAUGAGCUUCAGCUCAAAGAACUUUACAUAUGUAACAAAGAAAUUUGGCGACUUUUUAGAUGAGGUAGAAAGGGGGAGUAAGCUCUACCUCCGUUCACUAUCUGCAGAAAAGGCGUCGGAACUCCCUGCCGAUAUCGUAAAAGAUUAUCCCGCGAUUUCCGCGGACUUUGAGCUACCCUCAGAGUUAGCAUCUGUCAAGGAAAAUGCACACAGCUCACCUUUACGUAUUUCUGGUCCUGUGAACAUGUGGCUACAUUAUGAUGUUAUGGCCAAUGUUCUCUGUCAAAUUAAGGGUUCUAAGCGCCUUCUACUCUUUCCGCCUUCCGAUGUCAAAUAUUUUGAUUUCGCCCCAGGUGCUUCGAGCUCAGAUAUCAAUGUAUUCGAGAGCCUUGGCAGUCCUAUCCUUUCACUUACUCAUCCACAUGAAGUCUUACUUCAACCAGGUGAUGUGCUUUUCUUGCCUUCACUCUGGCUACAUACAGCUUCACCCACGUCUGGCAUGAGCGUCGCUGUCAAUGUUUUCUUUCGGAAUCUCCGCAAUGGGUACGCUGCAGGGAAAGAUGUCUAUGGCAACCGGGAUUUACAAGCAUAUGAGAAAGGCAGACAAGAUAUUGCGAAGGUCGUGAAGUCUUUCGAAAGCCUGCCCACGGAUGUUCGAGGAUUCUAUCUGCAGAGAUUGGUAGAUGAGUUCAGGCAAAAGGCCGCAUAA